AUGUCUUCCUGUGUGCAUUUUUACUCAAUUGUUACCAUUCUUCUCUUUGCUCUCCCUCCACUUGAGGUCACCUCCCACCACCACAACCAUAAUGGACUCAAAUCUCUUCAUUUUGCACUUUUCCAACAUGAAACCAUAAACAAAACCGGUUACAUCAUUGUUAAUGGAGUGGGUGGUCCACCUGUAAGCCAAACCACCACUCCGUUUGGGACCCUGUUUGCUUUUCAGGAUCCCUUAACUCUUAAACCAAACUAUACUUCCAAAGUUGUUGGAAUGGCCCAAGGAACCUCGAUCACUUCAGGACUAGAUGGGCUUCAAAGCAUCUCUAUUGCCUCAAUCGCUUUGAAUGUGAAGAAACACAAAGGGUCUAUAUCCGUUGUUGGGGUCACGCAUAACACCAAGCAUGCAAAUCACCCAGUUGUCGGAGGCACAGGUGACUUUUUGUUUGUUCAAGGUUAUGUAACAUCAUCUCCGGUCAAUCUUGUAGGUUUGACUGUUACGUACAAGAUUGAGUUUCAUCUUUAUUGGCCUUAUGCAUCUUCUAAACCCUAA